AUGCUUCCUACCGUCUUAUCGACAGUUCCGAAAUGCUUGCUAUUUUUCAUAGCAGUCAUACUAUCACAGUAUAAAAUUGAGUGUAAAUCGUCAUUAUUGAAUGUAACAGAUCCAGAAACUUGGAAGAAGUUGGCAGAUGAAAGAUUUAAUAAAUUUGAACAAUCAUUAACUUAUUUAUUACUUAAACCACCAAAAAAUAUCAUCUUAUUUAUUGGUGAUGGUAUGAGCUUGAACACUGUUACUGGAGCACGAUAUUUGAAAGCGGAGAAGAUGGAUGUUUUAGGUGGUGAUGUACAGCUAGAAUGGGAAAACUGGCCUGUUGCAUCACUUGUCCGUACAUUCAACUCAGACAGACUGACAACAGAGUCAGGUUCUGCGGCAACUGCUUUUAUGUCAGGUGUGAAAGGGCCUUAUGAUACUGUUGGCAUCACGGGAACAGUGAAGUGCUGUGAAUGUACUGAGUUGAAAGAAGUGGAAAGAGCGAAAUCUUCUCUCAUGUAUGCCUCUAAAGCAGGAUUUUCCACUGGAAUAGUUACAACUACGAGGGUUACUCAUGCAACACCCGCAGCAGCAUAUGCCAAUAUGUUGCAUCGAGAUUGGGAGUCGGUAGGACCAUCAAGCAAGCGCGGAUUCCACUGCGUAGACGCUGCUGCACAACUAAUAACAAACGCUUCUCACGUCAACGUCAUAAUGGGAGGAGGGGCAGCCGAAUUCUAUGGUCCGUCAGACAAUACCACUUUCAACAUGAAAGGUAAACGCUCUGAUUCACGCAACCUCCUACAAGAAUGGAAGGAUAUGCAGACCGAAAUGAAUCGCAAGCAUGUUCUCUUACAUACAAACGAUGAGUUUAAACGAAUCGACUGGUCUUCGGUUGACUAUGUUUUGGGUUUGUUUGCUCCGAGUCAUUUGGCUUAUCAACUGGAAAACGAAGACCAACCAAGUUUAGCAGAAAUGACAGAAGCUGCUAUCAAAGUACUUUCUCGUAAUCCUAAAGGAUUUCUUUUGUUAGUGGAAGGGGGUAGGAUUGAUCAUGGGAAUCACGAAAAUCGAGCCCAAUAUGCAUUAACUGAAACUUUGGAGCUCGAAAAAGCUGUCGAGAAAGCAUUGUCACUUGUUGAUCAACAGGAAACACUACUGCUAGUAACAGCUGACCAUUCACAUGCAUAUGGAGUGGUCGGCUAUCCGACAAGGAACACAAGUGUGCUAGAUGUAGAUAAUACUGCAAAAGGAGAUGAUAAUAAAUCAUAUCUCAUAUCUUCCUAUUUCAAUGGACCAAGAGGUAUAUUGAAUGCACCUCGAUCGGAUCCGGCAACAGAAGAUAGAUUUGCAAGCAACUAUACUGCAGAAUCAUUAGUGAGACUCAGUUUUUCUACACACAGUGCUGAGGAUGUACCGAUUUAUGCUAAUGGACCUUACAGUGAACUAUUUCAUUCUUCAUUGGAUAACACAUUUAUUGCACAUGCAACCAUGUACUCGCUUUGUAUCGGACCAUACACGAAUCAGUCACAUUGUAACAAAGGAAACAAUGGAUCUCAACUCAGAGGACUUCAUCUGAAUAACUUUUAUUAUUUACUAUUUCUCAGUGUUAUUUUGUACACUUUCAUACAUUAG